AUGGCCUCGACAGAAAGAUUUUUUCAUUGCAAUAUUCAAGAUUCUGGCCAAUCCUGGUGUGAAAGAAACUUGGCCUCCAGAAGCUCAAUGGACCAAACCAUGAGCGUACAGCAUCUUAGCGAAGCCAUCAUCGCCAUCAUGACUACAAUCUUUGUGAUGCGCUGCAUCGAACGCAUAAGUUCGCAUCACUGGGGUAAAGACGACUCCACCUUGAGCGUUGCUGUUGUAGCCAUAGUCUGCGGCACCUCACUUGGCUUUGCCCUGUCAUCUCAUGGCUUGGGACGGGACGCGUGGGAUUUACCAGACAGCGAUGUAUCCAUGGUACGACUUUUGAUAUACUGCGCAGAGUUCUUCUACGGUGUUUCAAUCACUCUCAUCCGUCUGAGUGCACUCUUCUUUUACCUCAGGAUCUUUCCCCAGACCCCUUUCAAAUUCUACGUUUAUGCAAUGAUUACCUUUGACAUCUUGUUCGGGGUGGCAUACAAUGCCGUCUUCAUCUUUCAAUGUUGGCCCAUCAACAGCAUCUGGGCAGCUUCAAACGUGGCAAGCGAUGCUACUUGUGUCGAUAUCCACCAACUUGCCUUGUCGGGCUCUGUUAUCAACAUGCUACAGGAUCUGAUGGUGGUUGUUUUGCCUACACCUAUACUGGUCAAACUGUCACUGCCAAUCAGCUCCAAGAUUCAAGUCUUUUUCAUGUUUUCACUGGGAAUGCUGUAA